UUCACUUCCAGCAACCAACCAGUGACAGACCACAGACUUGGGCUCAACUCGGACCAUGACACGAGAGUCUCGCAUCCCAUAGCACCUGAACGCCUUUGUCUCGGGCACGAACUUACUGUAUUAUGCUAUCGCCAUUUGACCGCACCGACAACGCUGCACAUUCAACCUCGACUUGGGCCCUCUUCUCUCACCACCGUCAACAUAAAAGAAACCCACAAUGCCACCACCCUCCGCCAAUAACCAUGACAGGGAAUCCGCCUCAUGCGGGCCCUCUUGCGCCCCGACAUCGCCUUCCUCCCUCUUCGCAACAACCCUAGCCCUCACACCGGUCCUAGCAACCUUUUUCCUCGUCGCGUCCUUCUCCCUGACCCGCCUCUUCCCGCGCCUCGCCCGCCUGCAACAGCAGCAGCCACAGCUUCAUUCCUCCUCCUCGUCCUCGUCACAACAAUACGGUCCCGGGAUAUUAAGCCUCGACGACGGACAAGACCACUUCCUGCCCUCGUCCGCCCCGCCGUCGCUGCGCCAGGCGCACGCCGAGCAGGCGGCGCGGUCGCCGCGGCAUAGGAUGGCGGCGGUCGCGUUUGCGGUUACGGUGGGGUUGGCGGCAGUUCUGGCGGAGCUGAUACUAGCCGAGAUUCUCGAGGUGGAGGGCCUGGUGCUGGGCCAGAGGGCCAGGGCGGUCGGGUUGAGGUUCACUGUGCCGACGCUGAUGGUUAUGCUGGUGGGCGUGGUGCCGUUUAUCGAGGUGCAGAGUGUGCUUGCUUCGAGGGGGUGGCGGUUUGGGCGGGAUGGAAUUUCGUUGAUGGCAUUGCUCUCUGGGUUUGCCAGCGUGUCGAGUCCGUGGCAUACGUUUGUCGAUGACAGGAUGUAUCGGAAACGGCCGAUCACAGACGCUGAUAUUGCGAGGAAGCAGGCGGGCCUGGAUGCGACGAGCGAGUUGCUGCUCACCAAGCGGCACCGCUUAAGAUCGCUGCAGAGGAAGGCACAAGCGGCGGCAGAGGGGAUAGGAAGCGGAACCCCCCAUGGUGUGUCAGCAGGCGGGGGUGGGCUGAUGGGAAAAGUCUUUGGUUCUCUGAAGAAUAUGGCUGGCGGCGGAGAGGCUGCCGAGAUCAAGGCACUCCAGGUAGAGAUUUCGGGCCUCGAGACCAUGGAAGCAAACCUCGCCGCAUCCCUGUCCUCGCUCAAGUCGCGUCAAGCCGCCCACGCGCUGGAUGGUACCGCCCUUGGCCGCCUGCUGACGAUCCCGCGCUACAUCUUUGCCAGCUACUGCGUUUACCGCAUCCUCGCUACGACCCUCACCACCUUCCGACGCAUGUACUACCCCUCAGCCUCGUUCUCCUCCUCAGACCCCAUCAACCGUUUCCUCGGCUUGCUGGCCAAGCACUGGGAUCCCAAACUCGACCAAAUCGCUUGGGCACGCCAGAUCUCGUUCUUGCUGUCCGGCGUCAUUCUCGCCGCCAGCGCAAACUCGGUGUUGCAGACUUUCCGGCUGUUUUCCAAAUGGGCGCCAGGGCUGCUCCAGCAGGCGCAGGCGAACCUGGCGCUGCUGGUUGGGCAAGUCGCGGCGACGUAUGUCAUCAGUGCCGCCCUGCUCAUGAGGAGUAACUUGCCGAGAGACGUAGGACGAACCGUUGGGGACGCGCUGGAGAGCGCUCUGGAGCCCGUGUUUGUGGACCGCUGGUUCGAAGGGUGGUUUCUGCUUGCGAGCGCUGGGACUGCGGCGGGGAUCUGGGUGGGAAGGAAGUUUAGCAGUGGGUAUGGGGAAGAUUGGGACGAAUUUGCUGGGGAGGAGAUGGGGCAGAAGCGGUCCUGAUGUUGUUUUGUACAGAGCUGCUCCUCUCCUCUCAGAAGUGUAUAUAUUCUUUCUUGUAAAAUACCCCAACAUUGCUGCUUUGUCCAGCGUGGAGUUGGAGUGCGUUGUUGUCCUUUCUUUGGAGGUUGUUCGUCAAUGUUCUGGCAUUGACCAGGAAUGGAUGAAGCGAGGCAUCUUUCAG